AAAGACCCGGAUGCCGCUGUUGCCGCUGUAUGAGGAAGGAGGCAGGAGUUGUGCGCGCCACGGCGGAGGCAGCUGGCUGUCUGGAAAGGCUUGAGGGGGCGACCAAGAGCUUCCCUUCCUGGCAGAGUGCGGUGGCCGUUUCCCUCAGGUCGCUGCCCGCAAGAUGGAGGUGGCGGGGUUGGCUGUAGCGCUGGCGGCGCCGUCGGGUGCGGCGUGAGGUGGCGAGGGCCACAGGGCUUAGCCGGAGUCGUGGUGCGUUUGUCUGAGGCGGCGAGGGGCGCUGAGGCGAGGCGAUGCUGUCGGUGUAUGGAAUACUGCUGUCGGCUCUGCUGGGCUCCUGCCUCACGCUGCUGUUUCAGGUCCUGCUCUUCUACCGGAGGAAGACCGAACCCCCCGAAGGGGCCACCCCGAAUCCCAGCACCAGCGCCUUCGCCGCCAGGGUCACUCCCCACACCUGCCUCAAGGAGUACUUUGCGGGCUUCGUUGGGGCCGGGCAGGAGGCGGCGGCGGCGGCGGCUCCCAACCAGUCCCCCUCCAAAGCCGAGCCGAACUCCAAGAACUCCCUGCUGCCCCCGCCGCUCCAGGAGAACCCCUCCUCCUUUGUGGAAUGUACUGAGGAGACCCUCUACUGGCUCAAUGCUAUCUGCCUCUUUCUCUUCAGGGAGCUCAAGGACACUUCACUUCUCAGGCAUUGGGUCACGAAGAAGAUCAAGGUGGAAUUUGAGGAACUGCUGCAGACCAAGAUGACGGGAAAGGUGCUGGAGGGGCUCAGCCUGCGGGAUGUAUCAUUUGGUAACGUCGUGCCGCUUUUUAAAAACAUCAAGAUCCUGAGGCCGGUGACCUGUAGUGAGGAAGGCUGCCCUGAGGAGCUGGACUUUGAGGUUGACGUUGAGUACAGUGGUGGCUUCCACUUGGCCAUUGAUGCUGACCUUGUCUUCGGCAAGUCAGCAUAUCUCUUUGCCAAGAUCUCUAGAGUGGUGGGUCGGCUGAGGCUGGUCUUCACUCGUUUACCCUUCACGCACUGGUCCUUCACCUUUGUUGAUGAACCUGUGAUUGACCUUGAAGUCAAGUCACAAUUUGAAGGAAGGCCUUUGCCACAACUUACUUCCAUCAUUGUCAGUCAGUUCAAGAAAGUUAUUAGGCGCAAGCAUACUUUACCUCACUAUAAAAUCAGGUUCAAGCCGUUUUUUCCAUUUCAAGUUGUGCCACCUGGAGAAUAUGUAGAUCGUAGUCUAAAUGUACAAGAUUUCUCAGUAACAGAAGGACGACUGAAGGUUACCUUAAUAGAAUGUACAAGAUUACUUAUUUUUGGAUCCUAUGAGAGGGAAGUAACUAUUCAUUGCACAUUUGAAUUGAGUGAGAAAGUGUGGGAAGAAAAACAAAGAACUACUAUUAAGACGGUAGAACUAAUAAAAGGAAAUUCACCAGGUGUUGGACUCACUCUUCGUCAAGUACAAGUUAAGGAAGGAGAAACAGGGCAUGUUGUUGUUGAGACUGUCAUACCAAAUUCAGCUGCUGCAGCUGCUGAUCUACAGAGGGGGGACAGACUUAUAGCUAUUGGAGGAGUUAGAAUUACAUCAACAAUACAGGUGCUAAAACUCAUCAGACAAGCUGGUGAGAGAGUCAUAUUAUACUAUGAGAGACCUGUUGGCUCUAGCCUUGUACAGUUGGAAGACUCCUUGUUUCCAGAUUAUGACAUACUUUGUUCAGCAACAGACACUGAUAACAAAGAACUGGAUUUAGAAUUUGAAGACUUGGCAAAUGAACUAAAAUCAAAUGAAUUCAGAGAUGAUCCUUCAACGACAAGCCCCAAGCAUACAUCAGUGUCACUUACUGUUAAACAGCCUGGAAAUCUAUCACCAGUACAAAGUCGCAGGUUAAAUUUAGUAAGUCAGCAGUCAUCUACAAAGACACUUUUCAAAGAGGCAGCCAAACAAGUAGUUCCCAAAAAUUCUGAAAAUCUAGAUGCAACUCAGCAAACAAUCAAACAGUCACAGACAACUAUAAUUAAACCCCCUGUACCACCUAGGCCACAGCUUAAAGUGUCCCCACUUCCUAACGAAGUUCAAAAUAAGUUAGAAACUGGUGACUUAUCUUCUGAGAAACUAGACAGGCUGCCACUUCCUGCAAGUAAUGGAGAUAAAAGUUCAGAAAAGCUAACAAAAAAUAGUGAUGUGGGGGAAGAACCUUCAGGAUCCAAACUAGUUGUAAACAAACUAGAACAGGCAAAGGAAACUUCAGAUACUUCACAGAGUUCUAAAUCAUUUCUACUUAUAAACAAACCAGUUGCAAGCAAAAUAGAAAUGGUAAAGGAACCUUCAGAGUCUUCACAGGUUCCUAAAACAACUACAAACAAACCAGUUGCAAGCAAAUUAGAAAUAUCAAAGGAAUCUUCAGAAUUUUCACAAUCCUCACAGAGUUCUAGGUCAACUAUAGAAAACCAUGAUUCAUGGGAAUCACCAGAAAUUCCUUACCAUAAUCGAUUAGGUAAAUGGGCAAGGACAAAGGCUUCUUCCUACAUAUUUGAAGUAGGAAAAGAACAUAAGUACCUAAAUGUUGCCAUUUGGUGUAGAGACCCUUUCAAACUAGGUGGUCUACUCUGCUUAGGAUAUGAAAGCAUAAAACUUGAAGAAAUAGCUUUAGAUUGUAUAGUUACAUCCUCCAUGGAAUACAUUAGACAAUUUAGAUUAAAUCCUCCUGCACCUAAAGCUACUGUAAGUAGAACUGCAUUGCGUACUUUGACCUCACACAAGGGUUUCAAUGAAAAGUUUUGUUAUGGUGAUAUUACUAUACAUUUUAAAUAUUUAAAAGAGGGUGAACCAGAAGACUCAAGUUUUCUGCUGGAAAAAGAAAAAGAAUAUAUUUCAGAAGAAGCAUCAGCUCCCAUUUUUCCAAAAGAGGAUCCUUAUUUUGGACAAAUUAUUUACACUGAAAACAAGCAUAAUUUUCAAGACACUCAGUUUCAGAAUCCAACUUGGUGUGACUAUUGCAAAAAGAAAGUUUGGACAAAAGCAGCAUCACAGUGUGUGGUUUGUGCAUAUGUUUGCCACAAAAAAUGUCAAGAAAAAUGUCUAACUGACGCGCCAUUUUGUUUAGGAGCCACAAGACGUCUUGAACGAGUCCUAGGCUCUUUUAAAUUAGAAAGCCAAGAUACUCAGUCCGCAACGUCUCGUGUUGAUUCCGAAUUGAAAGCUGCAAACAAAACAACAGGUUUAACAAGACACAUCAUCAAUACAAGCACUCGAUUUUUAAAUCUUCGUCAAGUCCCAAAAGUUCGUGUUAGUGAGCAAGGAUCUGAAGCAGCAGAACCUUCACCAAAGCACACACCACAUGCUUCUGAUAAUGAAGGUAGUGAUAAUGAAGGUGGUCCAAGUAGCCCGUCAAAGAAUACAGGGAUAAAGUUAGCAAGAAAAGAGGGAGGUCUUGAUGACAGUGUCUUCAUUGCUGUUAAAGAAAUUGGCCGAGACCUCUAUAGAAGUUUGCCUACGGAGGAAAGAAUCCAGAAAUUAGAGGUUAUGUUGGAAAAACUGCAAAAUGAAAUAGACCAAGAACUGGAGAACAAUAACUCUAUAAUUAGAGAAAAGCAUGAAACAACCGAUACAAAGAAAAAAAUGCUGCUGAAUGCUGCACUGGCUAAAUCAGGUGAACGACUGCAAGCCCUAACACUCCUUAUGAUUCAUUAUAAAGCGGGAAUUGAAGAUAUAGAAGCUUUGGAAAAUACUGCUUUAGACAUGGAAUCCAGAAAAGAGGAUAAUUACGACGAUGACAACUUAACAGAAGAAAUAGAUAACGAAGAUGAGAACGCUCUGGUGAUGGCACCAGUACUUGAAAGACUACUAAAAGAAGAAGAAAGACUUGAAACACAUGAUGAAUCAGUAGACUGAUACUGCAUUCAUUUAGCCUUGAGAAUGAACUGGGAAAAUAUUUUGCACUUAAUCAAAACCACAUCAGAUACAUCAAAAUGUAAUUAAACACUGGUACAAUGUAUACAAGCUGCUUCUCCAGUUUUUCUUUUAAAAGUUGUGUAACAGUAUAGUUUUAUUUCUCGGUACAGUACCACCAUUUUUUUGUUGAAGAAGCUGGUCCAAAUUGUGUGUUAAACAACAUUUUUGGGUUUUAUACUGGAAGAUUAUUUUUAAUUUAUUCUUUUUCUAAAAUUUGAUGUUAAUAUUGGGGGUGGGGAGGUUGGUUCCUUUUCAUUAUUCCGUUUUAAAUAUUUGAAUACCAUAGCAGCCAUCGAGGGACUAGGUUCUGAAGAUUUUGACUGUCUCAUUAUUUGGCUCUUUGAUAUAUUUGUAUGUGGGGAACAAUGUUCAGAGGGUUUUUGGUUUUUUGCCAAUCAUGGAUCAUAGCCAAUAUUGUGGCUUCAUUUUCAAUUAUUUAGUAAAGUUGUUAUUACAUAUCAGGAUGCUUGUUUUCCAUAAUUUUGUUCUUUCAUGUAUUUUGAAAAGUUAGUUCUAUGCUUGAAUACAUUUUCUUGAUUGGAUUUAGUAGAACCAUCAACAGGGAUGAACUUCUAAAGCAAAUCUAGAUCAAAACUCUUGAAAUGGCCCUCAGUAGGUGCUCAUCUUCCCCGCCCCCCGCCUAAAAAACCAUGGGCAUUAAAUUUUGCCUAAACGUAAGUUGUACCAAGGUUGCAUAGCAAUUUAUUGGGAAUGUGCCAGCAAAAUAUUUUUAUGUUUAUUUAAAUAUAGAUGAAACCUUUAUAGAACAUAUCACUCUAUAAUGUAAUAAUGCUUAAACACUUGUUAGAGAAAUUGAGGUUGAGCUGUAGCCUUUUCUGUUUACUUAAGCAUUGAUUUUGCCACAAAUCUAUAACUUCAAAGAUUUACUGUUUAAAACGAUGACAUUUAAUAAGAUUGCUAAAAUGAUUCACUUUCCACUGAUUGGGAUGCCAUCACACACAGAAAAAUGAGUUGGAUGCUAAACUUUUUAAUAUAGCAUGUAGUUUUUUCACUGGAUCCUGAGCCCAACCAAAAUUCAGAUGAACUUGUCAGCUCUUUUCGAAAAGCCUCAGCUGAUCUGAUGUGGAAGAUGUUAUUUUGUGGGUUGAAAUCUAUGUCUUAAGGCUUCAUUUUCCAUGUGCAUAUUCAUCAUUUUAGCACUGUACCAUAUACUUUUGUAGAAAUAUUAAAACUAGCAUAUUUAACAGUGCAAUUCUAUACCUGCUUAUUCAGAAGUAAGUCCCAUUGAGUUCAGUAGGGCUUACUUCCAGGUAAGUGUGUACAGCCUUCAUUAUUAUUACCUUGAUUGGCAAGUAAUCCCUAAUAUUGUGAUGUAAUUAAUCUGCUUUGCUGCUGCUAUGGGAGUGAACAUCUCCUACUUCUUUUAAUCUUUAAAAUAAUUUAUUCUCACUGACCUGGUUUGCAUGUAACGACAGCCCUGAAUAUGGGUUGUUGUUGAAUUAUGGGUUGUUUAAUCAUAGGUUAUCAUCACAUGCGAAUUCUGCACUAUGGUUUAGCUCUUGAGUUGUUACCAUGAACAACCCAGGUUUCACAACCCAGCAAACUAUGGGUUCUCUUCCUGGGUUGUUUGUGGUUAGCAACUCAUAGAGCAUAGUGCAGAGUUUGUAUGUAAUGAUAACCCAUGAUUUAACCACAACCCAUGAUUCAACAAUUUAUACUCAACCAAUACUCUAGGUUGUCAUUACAUGUGAACCAGAUCACUGUUUUAAAAAACUUAACCAAAUAGUUGCUAAAUUGAGAACACAAUCCAUACUAACAAGUGUUCAGUUCUAUACUUGUGUAAGUUACGUGAUUCUAUUAUGUAACUUAUGCAGGUAUUUCCCAAACUGAACCCAAAAAUGUUCAGCAUGGUGUUUAAUGAAUUCAGUCUCUCAACAUUUAUUUUCUGGGUUGCUUACCAGCAGAGCUGUUCUGGGAAAACUUUCAAUUCAUGUUUAGCUUGUGUCCAGGCAUUGCCUUUAAACAUUUGCUGAUGAGGAAGCAGCUGCAGAAAUAAUGUAGACAUUAGGUUUUCCAAAAUAACAUCUGAUAAGUUUAUCAGUUAAUUAAAUGGGCAUGAAAAGUUGGGUAUCAAUAUUAUGAUUGUAUAAUAUAAAUUAAAUGUUGUGCAAUAUUCUAAAUGUUGCGUGAGAAUGGUGGCAAACUUGUAUGGUAGUAACAAGGAAAACAUACAAAAAAUAUAAUAAACACUGAUCUUGAGAAGCAAGCUGUAUUAAUACAUUCCUAUUAUAUUCUUUGCUUCUGUGCUUUACCAUACAUAGCUAAAAAUAAAUACCACUGAAAGCAAGAAUAUCUUCAUGUAGUGGUAUGUAACUACUUGACACUUGCACAUAUUUAUGGAAAUCUGCCUGAAAUGAUUGUCAGAUAUGAUUUUAUCCUGAAAACAAGCUUUAAUAAAACUUUUUUAUAAAUUUUCA